ACCUCUCAAAAUCAUAUUCUUUCUGGAGGUUAAUUUGCUUUCCCCCUUGACAAUGUCUCUCUCCAUCUUCCUCCUAUGGCUGGUCAGCACUCCCUUGUUGGUCCAUUCUUCCCCUGAUCAGCCUAGAGGUCUGUUGAUAACCUGCGGCUCCUCGGUUAAACAAACUGUACCCGACACCAAAGUCACGUAUAUCCCUGACGAUGGCUUCACAUUAGUCGGAAACAAAACAGCUCUUAAGAACAAAGAUUUGCUGCCCGUAUUGACAACAUUGCGAUACUUUCCUGACAAGUCAGCCAGAAAAUAUUGCUACAAAUUCCAAGCAAUUAAAGGAGGGAAAUAUCUAGUGAGAACUAUCUACUAUUAUGGAGGUUUUGAUGGAGGGAAAGAGCCGCCGGUGUUUGAUCAGAUCAUUGGAGGGACUAAAUGGAGCAUUGUUAAUACCACGGAGGAUUAUGCAAAUGGACUGACUUCAUUUUAUGAGAUUAUUGUGGUUGCCCCUACCAAAACCCUGAGCGUUUGCCUUGCAAGAAACACGCACACGGCUUCCAGCCCUUUUAUAUCAGCUAUUGAAGUGAUUACUGUUGAUGAUUCUAUGUAUAAUUCCACAGAUUUUGCUAACUAUGCGCUUGUUACUGUGGCAAGAGGUGCCUUUGGAAAUGAGGACAGCAUCAGCUUUCCAGAUGAUCCACAAUAUCGGUUGUGGCAACCAUUCAAGGACAAUAACUCCUUUGUUUCAAGCCAAUCCAGUGUAAGCACUUCAGAAUUUUGGAACAAGCCACCAGCCAAGGCAUUUGAAACGGCAAUCACAACAAGCCCAGGGAAGAAACUUGAAGUCCAGUGGCCACCUCUGUCACUUCCAAGCACCAACUAUCACAUUUCAUUGUAUUUCCAGGACAAUCGAAAACCGAGCACAAAUAGCUGGAGAGUCUUCAGUGUUUCAGUAAAUGGGAAGACUUUCUACAGUAAUCUCAAUGUCACAACUGAUGGUGUAACUGUGUAUGCAUCGCAAUGGCCUCUAUCUGGGCAGACACAGAUCAGCCUGACUUCUGACACUAAAAGUUCUGUUGGGCCCCUAAUCAAUGCUGGUGAAGUCUAUCAGAUUCUGCCUCUUGGUGGAAGAACUCUUACAAGAGAUGUGGUGGUUAUGGAAGAAUUGGCGAGAAGCUUCGACAACCCACCACCUGAUUGGACAGGUGAUCCAUGCCUGCCCCGGGAGAACUCAUGGACAGGAGUUACUUGUUCUAACGAUGAAAUGGCUAGAGUUGUCUCUAUGGAUCUUACAAACUUUGGGCUCUCUGGCGUUCUGCAUCCAAGUAUAGAUAAUUUAACUGCUCUCCACCAUCUUUGGUUAGGUGGGAAUCACAUCUCUGGUUCCAUCCCAGAGAUGAAUUCAUUGGGUCGGCUUGAAACUCUGCAUUUGGAGAACAACGAUUUUACAGGGCCAAUCCCCAAAGCGUUAGGCAAACUUGGGAGUCUACGUGAGAUAUUGCUUCAGAACAACAAUCUUGAUGGUCCGAUCCCUGAAGCACUACGAGGAAAAAAGGGCAUAAAUCUUCAGGUGUCCCCUGGAAAUAAUCUAUCAGCAUAAUGCUAACAAAGAAGGUUACAAGAGAGAGUAACAAAAGUUUCAGCACCAAGCAUAAGAUUGCAUUGGGACUACUGGGAAGUGGGAACCAACUGCAGCAGGAGGACAGUGGAGAGAGAUCCAUCGGCUGCUUUGUUUCUUGCGGGAAGCUCUUAGAUAUUUCUGUGUGUCUGAUCUCACCUUGUAAUUAUGCAAUGCUAGAAUUGCUUGGUCUUGAUAAAUCAAAAUUGAGCUGAGGAACAUACUGUAACUGUACACAAAAAUCCUGUAUACAGUAAAAAACGUACUGCUUGCAUUA